GGCAGCGGCCGAGCAUCGCCCCCCCUCCCCUCCCCCCCCCUGGCCCCGGCGAGCCCCCCGGCAGCAAGAGGACAACUUGCAGGCUUCCAGGCGCCGCCGCAGCCCGCUGCGACAGUGGACCCAGCAUCGCCGUACUUUGUGGACAUGGGAGACAUGGGGGAUCCGCCGAAAAUGUGUGUGAUGUGUGUCCUGCACGUGCGUGGUCUUCCAGAAAAGCGGCUGAUAUCUCUGUGCGUGGGCUGCGGGAACCAGAUCCACGACCAGUACAUCCUGCGGGUCUCCCCGGACCUGGAGUGGCACGCCGCCUGCCUCAAAUGCGCCGAGUGCAGCCAGUACCUGGACGAGUCCUGCACGUGCUUCGUCCGGGACGGGAAGACGUACUGUAAACGGGACUACAUCAGGCUGUACGGCAUCAAAUGCGCAAAGUGCAACAUCGGCUUCAGCAAGAACGACUUCGUGAUGCGGGCGCGCUCCAAGGUCUACCACAUCGAGUGUUUCCGCUGCGUGGCCUGCAGCCGCCAGCUCAUCCCGGGGGACGAGUUCGCGCUGCGGGAGGACGGGCUCUUCUGCCGGGCCGAUCACGACGUGGUGGAGCGCGCCAGCCUGGGCAGCGGCGGCGACCCGCUCAGCCCGCUGCACCCGUCCCGCCCGCUGCAGAUGGCAGCAGAACCCAUCUCGGCCCGGCAGCCCGCGCUCCGGCCCCACGUCCACAAGCAGCCGGAGAAGACCACGCGCGUGCGCACGGUGCUCAACGAGAAGCAGCUGCACACGCUGCGGACCUGCUACAACGCCAACCCGCGGCCCGACGCGCUCAUGAAGGAGCAGCUGGUGGAGAUGACGGGCCUCAGCCCGCGCGUCAUACGCGUGUGGUUCCAGAACAAGCGGUGCAAGGACAAGAAGCGCAGCAUCCUGAUGAAGCAGCUGCAGCAGCAGCAGCCCAACGACAAGACGAACAUCCAGGGAAUGACGGGCACCCCGAUGGUGGCGGCCAGUCCGGAGCGGCACGACGGCGGCCUGCAGGCCAACCCGGUGGAGGUGCAGAGCUACCAGCCGCCCUGGAAGGUGCUCAGCGACUUCGCCCUGCAGAGCGACAUCGACCAGCCGGCCUUCCAGCAACUGGUCAGCUUCUCGGAAGGAGGACCGGGUUCCAACUCGACGGGCAGCGAGGUCGCCUCCAUGUCGUCCCAGCUUCCAGACACGCCGAACAGCAUGGUGUCCAGCCCCAUCGAGGCCUAGAGCCCCGCCCCCCGCCGCCCCGCCGCCCCGCCCCCCGGUCGCGUUCGGACACUGUGAAGACAAUCAUGGGAUUUUACCGCGCGCGGCCGCAUCCCGAGGAGGUCCGCGCGCGGAAGGAGACGGACUAAGCGGACGCGUCCGCGCGGCCGGUUGCUGCGCGCGCACAUGCCUGGUUACAGUUGCCAAAAACGAGAAAGAACUCGACUCCACCAAUAAACGGACCUCUGGCCGGGAGAUUAAUCCAAGUCCUGUGUGAUAUUUUUCCUCUUCGUUGGACACGUGCACUUCAUCACCGACAGAGCGUCCGGAGGCGGAACAGCGCCGCUUCUCUUUCCUUCAUUCGAUUACCGCAUUAGGUUCAUGACCCGACUACUAAAAGCAUUUGCAACAAGGUAUACCUCUAUUUUGCCACAAGCUCCGUGGGACAUUCGUGUGAAUAAGUUUCCGUCCGAGAAAUAUUGUUUGUUUGUUUGUUUUUUUCUUUCCCAAAGAUGUGUAUAAUUAAUCAUAAGUUAUGAAAAAAAAAAGAAAAAAGAAAAAAACGUUAGCUCUGGAAGAAAAAUGUUUCGUUUGUUCCCGUGCAACAAAAACUAUUUAUUAAUUUAUUGUCAACAAAAUUUGCCACCUUUUGUGUAACUUUCUUAACUGAAGUAAAAAGGAGAAAAAAGAGA